AUGACGAUAGGUGAACGAAGACCAUCUUUACUGUUUGACAACUAUGAAGAGGUUCAUCAGAAGUCUGCUAACAGCGCCUUGAAAGAGGUCAUCGAAAAGAAUAGGCUGAAGAUCCCGUAUAAACCGGAGGAGCUGUCAAUUGAUGACCUAGAUAUGAUGCCUCUGUCGACGAGCUUUGAUAAGCAAAUGUUGUUGGGCUCUCCGAUGUAUCUCGAUCCAGAAGAGCAAGAAGAGAAGCAUAGCAUGGUAAUGGAAGAUUACGCCAAACAUGGGAGUCACUCGAGCCAGCCAAUACCGAGCGAUUGCUCCACUUUAUAUUUGAGUGAUGCCAUUGAUGGAAAAGAGUCGUUUGAAGCUCUCACAGAGAUAAGAGUCAAGUACAUAUUGGCUUCCACGCAGGAUUCUGUGUCAAAUAUCAAGUAUGACCUUGAUAAGAUGUUUCUAUAUCCAAAACCCUUGCCUAAGUUUUGGAAGUUUGAUAAGGACAAGCGACUUAACGAAAAUCAACCGGAUAGCUCCGAUGAUGAGCAAGUUGGUGGCCCAGUUAAGCCGGGAUACUAUUUCCCGUCUCCCACAGAAGAUCAGUACAUGAGGCAGGAAGAACUUGGAGUUCCCAAGCGGCUGGGUAGAGUGCAUUACACCGGAGAACUCUUCGAACUGGAUCAUUUCAAGGAAAAGUUUGAAGCCCAUAAGCGAAAGUAUCGUCGUCGAGUGACUGCACUUGAUUAUAGUAACCUUCCAACGUUUCAGGAGUUCAGGGACGAUUUUCUAACAUUGGCUGAAAUUGCACGGUGCUCACCGUUAUCUGAGAUCGCCCAGAAACGAAUUAAGUAUCUGGUGAAUAAGUUUGAUCUUUUCCAACAUUUGAACUGCAAGGCAGAAAUUUUAGAAAACAAAAGAGUUCCUCUACGAGACUUUUACAAUUCGAGAAAGGUUGACCGAGACUAUUUACUGAGCGGUUGUGCGACGCAGCGUCAACUGAGUGAGUUUAUCUGGGAGAAACUAAACGUGGAGCCUCACCGCGUGGUGCAUAAGACUUACAGAGGUGAGAAGCUGACGCUCUCUCAAGUUUUCGAAUAUGGUUCGGGGCCUGGAGAUCCUAUGGCCAUCGGGCUCAAGGUUAUAGACGAUGAGUUUUUGAAAUGGUAUAGAAACGUUUACCUGAUAACUUCACAUUUGAUUCCUUCGGCUGAUGCUGAAAAGGUGUUAACCGGUAAGGAGUUACGUUUCUAUUUACUGGCCAAGAUCUUCUUGGAAUUUGACAACUAUUUAGAUGGAGAGUAUUUGGCUGAAAUCUUUAUCCUUUAUUGUGUUCACACUUUGGAGAAAUCUAAGUAUCAGCUUGCUCAAAUAUCCGUCGAUUUUCAGUUUUAUCAUCCUAAUGAGGGUUCCUGGUGGGAAAAAUUCUCAAGAUGGAUUAUCAAGUGGAAGUUAGUUUCUCAUAAUAUUCGUUGGAACGUUCGGUUGUCGAGGGUCUUUACCAAACUUUUCCAUCUAGAGAGGGUCGGGAACUUCCAAGACUACCUCGAUUUGAUCUUUGAUCCACUAUUUGAAAAUGAGAAAGGUAACAACAUUGGGCUAGAUUUCUUUCUGAUGAAUGUUGGCUGCCUUGACUUGGUGGUUAGUUCCACGGAUGACUAUCUAUGGCAAGAUUUUGCGGACAUCAACGCAGUGCCUCGAGAUUGGUCAGCUAAAGGUGAUAAUCCCCCGAUCAGUUACUACAUGUACUAUAUUUUUGCCCAAUUGGCCAGAUUGAACUCUAUGCGGUACAAAAAAAAUCUAAGCACUAUUUGCCUUAGAAACGAUUGCUCCACUUUACUGAAUCGAACAUCUCAAGCAGGAUCUGACCUAAAUUUUACUGAUCAAUUCGAAUCUCUGAUUUGCAACUUCAUGCUAUGUGACGCUGGACUCUUGCAGGCCGAGGCGAUCUGUGACAGUACCCCGCUCAUAACUUAUCUGUUCUAUCUAUGUCAGAUCCCAGUCAUCGCUUCGCCUCUUUCUUCAGUAUCCAGUGUAGCUUCUCAAACCUCACAAGAAGAAGUCUUCACCCUUCUUGGAGAUACGCAUAAGAAAGCUACGAGGGAUAUCACAAAGGAAGAGCAAUCGACCUACACUACGAACCCAUUCAUGAAUAUGUUCAAAAUGGGUAUGAAGGUCUCGUUAUCCUCUAAAUCGGUUCUAUUCAACAGUUCAUACACGAUGGAGCCGAUGAUUGAAGAGUAUAGUGUCGCAGCAAGCAUAUAUUUGCUGAAUGCUGCAGAUCUCUGCGAGCUGUCCCGGACAAGUGUGCUAUGCAGCAGCUAUGAAGGCUUUUACAAGGCUCAUUGGAUUGGUGUCGGUGUUAGGAGGAGGACACCAUUUCAGGUAGACAACGUGGGAUACGUAAACAAAUGGUAUGACAGAGAAGUUGAUACGUCCGCUAGACACAAUGUUCCAAAUAUACGGCGAAACUACAGAAGGGAGACUUGGAAUCAGGAAUGGGCCUUCAUAAGGGAGCAAUUAGGUCAGUAG